AUGCUGGCUGAAAAGAUUUACCCAACCAUCGAUAAAUGUUCUGUCAAUUGGGUUUUUGAAGCUGCAGGAACUCUACGAGCUGAAAAUGGAAAUUCAAAAAUCUGUAUAAUAGUGGAUAAUGCACCGUGGCAUAAUGAAUUGACAGACGAGACGAAAAUACCAAAGCCUGCUUGGGUGAAGGCACAGGUGGUCCAAUGGCUAAAUGAUCAUCAAGUGCCAUAUUUAGCUAUUUAUACAAAAGCGGAGUUGUUGAAACUAGCUGAUGCCUACGCUCCAAAAAAGGUAUUCAAAACAGAUGUAGCCGCCGCAAAAUUCGAUGUUGAUAUUUUACGUCUGCCAGUAAGACACUGUGUGCUCAAUCCAAUCGAACUUGCUUGGGCGGAAAUGAAAACUUUUAUUCGCAAUAACAACGUGACUUUUAGUUUGAAAGAUGUUUCUGUGUGGGACAAAGCUUGGCUGACAGCAUGUGAUAUGCAAAUGGCAUCAAGUUUGAUUGAACACACGAUCAAAUAUGAGGAGACAUUCAAAAGAGCGGAUGCAAUUUCCCAUGAACAUGACAAUGAUAUCAUUGAAGAUGAUGUACAGUCUGAAUCAGAAACUGAAGACGCAGAUUAA